AUGCCUUCUGAGACAGCAGUUUGUGAAGGGACAUUCGUACAGUGCUAUAACAAAGGUUGCGGAAAAAAGUUCGAUCCAGAAGCAAACGAUACGGAAUCUUGUCUUUACCAUCCUGGACCUCCGUAUUUCCAUGACGCUUAUAAAAUCUGGAACUGUUGCAAUAAGAAAAGUACCGAUUUUGGAACAUGGCUCAAUUAUCCUGGUUGUACUCGCGGAAAACACAAUGGUGAGAAGCCUGUGGAUAUCGUCAAAGUUGCUGCAGUUAAAGAAAUACGGCCUGAGAAGGAAGAGGAUGUAAUUGUAUGGAAAGGAUUGAACAAACCAGCUGAACGAAAAGACGAACGAGAUAGAGAAGAAGUUCCUCUGUCUAUCGAGGUCACCGCCGGUGCUCAAGCAUCUCUACAACGUUACCGUGAACAACAAACAAAGUUGCAAACAGAUAAUACACUUCGUAUUGGAGCGCCUUGCAGGAAUAACUCGUGCGAUAAGUCUUAUUCUGGACCCGAGUCUGAUGACACUCCGUGCGUUCAUCACCCUGGUCGGGCUGUUUUUCAUGAAGGAAUGAAAUAUUGGUCGUGUUGCGAAAAGAAAACUUCGAAUUUCAAUGCUUUUUUGUCCCAGGCAGGAUGCGAGAAGGGCAAACAUCAAUGGAGUACGAAUGAAAGGGUGGAAAAUGUACGAGACGACUGGUUUUCGAGUAAUGGUAUGAUUACGAUCAAUGUCUACUGCAAAGGCGCUGUACCUGGUGACAUACGCGUGACUAGUGAUGGUCAAAUGUUACGUGCACAUAUUAUUCAUGGUUUUGGCCAGAAGGAAACGGAUCUCAUUUAUGAUCUGUGGGGAGAAAUAGUAUGCAGUGAAAGUCGUGUAAUUGUUGGAGAGAGAAAGGUUGAAAUUGUAUUAAAGCAGAAAGAUCUCGCAGGAUGGCCACGUUUGCGCUAUGAUCCAGCCUUAGAUAGGAAAGAGGAGAAUGUGGAGGAUGUAUCGAUGGAAUAA